CACCCACACGGUCUCCGCCUCGCCAGAGACCAACCGAACGCCCUUCCCCAUGUUGCGGAGUGACUCAAGCAGCUCGAUGCGGAAGAACGGUGUCACGUUCUCCCGCCCCGCGACGAUGUCCGUGUCGUCCGCGCUGAGCGGCCUUCAGCAGCAACAUGAACGGGGUGCGAGAAGCCGCACCACAUCAAACACCUCUUCCGUUGCUGACAACCAAACCGUAGUACUCGCGCCCCCUCUAGCCAUCUCUUCCUCCACCUCCGGAUCCGAGUCGGAGAGGGAGACGCGGUGGAAGACUCUGAGCUCGCGCCCCCGUGUCUCCCUCGACAGCAACCGCAGCGGGGACAGCCCGAUCGAUGGCCCCGACCGAAGCAUGGCUACUGUAUCGUUUUCCGCCGCCCGCAAAGAACGCCGCAGAACUAUCACCGAGAUAUUCCAGAGAUAGGCGUUUUCAUGUCUUCUUUUGGACUGUAGAUCAGACCGUACUGCCAGUGUGCCUUCGUCCCGCCCGCCGCGCCCCAUUGGACCGGCUUUCCUCCCCUUUACUGCCCCCACACCACCGGACAGUCCGUAGUCUUUCUCUUCGCGUUCAUUCUUGGCCCCACGCCCGGCUGCCGCACGCACGCCGAGGGGGCGCGUGUCCGUCGUCUCCGCCGCGCUCGCCCCUGUUCCUCUCUGUUCCGAUAUCUGUGUCUCUCUCACUCUCUUCCUCUCUCUCACCUCUGUAUCCCUCCCGAAGACGCACGUAUGUUUAUGGGCUUCAUGCACGAUGACGAGUCGCCCCAAAGUACCCCUUGCUAAUUAACUAUAGCAAUGUAAUGGGAUGAUGUUCAAA